UAUUAAAUUUCUGUUGACAAAUGCCGCCCACUUAAAAAUAAACCAAACCCUUCCCCUUUUUCCCCUCCAAAAAAAGUUUACCAAACAAAGCACAACUCAAAAAAUGUUUGGUGGAAACAAUGAGUUUACCCAGCGUUUAAUGCUUCCUCAGCUCCACCUUCUUCCCGGCGCUGCCUCUGCCGGCGGUAGUUUCGCCGCCGGCGAUGAGUUUCCUAAUCGGGACGAACGUGUUCCGCCGUGGAGUAAUCAGGAAACUAGGGAUUUCAUAGCUAUACGAGGCGAAUUUGAGAUGGAAUUUGCUUCGGCGAAACGAAGCAAUUUGAAGAAGAUGUGGGAGAUGAUAGCUGUUAAGAUGAAUGAGAGAGGAGGAUACAGGAGAAAUGCUGAACAAUGUAAAACCAAGUGGAACAACUUGGUUAAUCGUUACAAGGGUAAGGAAACAUCUGAUCCAGAUAACGGCGGACAAUUUCCAUAUUUUGAUGAGCUGCAUGCACUUUUUACAGCAAAUACAAAUAACGUACAUAGACUACAGCUCGAAUCUGAGGCCGGUACCCAACAGGCAAGGAAGAGGCCUCGAAGAACAAGUAGAGAUCAAUCUUCAGAGGAUAUCUCAGAAGAUGAAGAAGGUUAUGCCUAUGAGAGUGAUGAAGUAAAGUUAAACAGAAGCAAUAUUGCUCCCAAAAAGAAAACCGAAAAGGAAAAGCGGCCAAGAACAAGCAAUGCAGAAAAACCACCUUCUAGACAACCCAGCUUAGGGAGUAUUAACAACACUAGUAGAGCUGUUGAUAAUAUUCAAGAAAUGCUUAAAGAAUUCUUUCAACAGCAGCUGAGGAUUGACAUGCAAUGGAGGGAGACAACGGAGAAGCAUGCUCGCGAAAGAGAAGUAUUCGAGCAGGAAUGGCGGUCGUCAAUGGAGAAGCUAGAAAGGGAUCGGAUGAUGAUUGAACAAGCUUGGAGGGAGAGGGAGGAGCAAAGAAGAAUGAGGGAGGAGAGCCGAGCUGAAAAGAGGGAUGUGCUGUUGACUACACUUUUGAACAAACUCAUUGGUGAAAAUCAUCCUUGAGAUGAUUCAUUGUAUUCUGAAUUAGGUAGAUUCCAAAAUAUUUGGGGAGUUGAGAGUUUGGCUUACACAGAAAUAGGAAUUUCAAAUCUGUAGAAAGUCACAGCUAGAUGAUACGUAGUUCAUGUUCUCAUUCUUGUAAAUGUUUACAGGAGGAAUUAAUUGAGAGCUGAAUUAAGUGUGGAUAAAAAGGAUUGACUUUGAGCUUUGGAUAAGUGUGAAUUGUCUGUAAUUUGAUGAAAAAUCAAUGGUGUAUUGUGAUUUGUAAAGCAGUCAUAGUAUUGGAAUCUAAGCAUUUGUACGA